AUGGCGCUCGCCUUCCGCUAUCGCAAGAACGCGUGCGACGCGCUGCCGGCCGUCGGCGAGGCGCCGGCCUGCGCCGUCGCCGACGGCCCGGCGGCCGAGAGCGCCCUCUACGCGCGCGCGUGCUUCGUCCCGGCCGAGGAGCGCGCGGACCUCCCCGACUUUCGCGGCGGCCAGCCGAACGCGGCGGUCGACGGCGCGCUGGCCGGGCGCUUCCCCGAGGGCGAGCACGAGGAGCGCACGCUGCGGGCCCUCCACGACGUCGCCGCGGCGACGGGCGACUCGCUGGCCGCGUGCUACGAGGGCCGCGGCGCGGCCGUCGCCGCGGCCGUCGCGGCCGGGUCCGCGGGCCGCUGGCGGUGGACGGCGGGCGAGCGCGCGGACGCGACGGCCCUCGUGCUCAAGAUGGCGCGGGAGCGCAAGUAUAAGGACCUCCCGGCGCUCGCGCGGGCCCUCGGCCGGCGCCUCGAGGACGUCGCGCUCUGGCACGACGCGGGGCGGGAAAAGAGCGCGACGUACUACGGCAGCCACAAGAGCUCGCGGCACUACGCCGAGGCCAAGGCGUCGCGGCUCCAGCGGCGCCGCGAGCGCGACUCGUCGCCGGAGCGCGACGAGUCGAGCUCCGACGAGGAGGAGGACGAGGACGACGAGGACGACGAGGAGGAGGAGGACGACGAGGGCGGCGCGACGCCGGACGACCGGCGGAAGCUGCGGGCGCUCGCGGCGUACCUCGGCGCGCGCGGCGGCGACGGCCCCGCGCUGCUCCGGGGCUGGCGCGCCCGCGCGCGCGCGGGCGACGGCGCGCCGCGGGCGACGACCUACCGGUCGCCCGAGGACCGCGUCUACCGGUCGCGGUCGGAGGUCGCGCGCUUUUUCGGCCUCGACGGCGCCGCCUCGCGGCCGCGGGGCCGGGGCCGGGGCCGGCCGCGCGCGGCCGCGCGGCGGCUCCACCACGCGCCGCCGUCGCCCCAGCGGCGCCGCGCGCCGCCCCCGGCCGAGGCGCCGCCGCGGCCGCGCGCGGCCGUCGACGCGCGGUCGCCGCCGCCGGCCGACGUCGCGGCGCCGACGGUCGCCGUCGUCGCGGAGCGGUCGCCGGCCGGCGACGUCAAGCCGGACGUCGCGGGCCUGCCGCGGCCGCCGCGGGGCGCCCUCGUCGCCGCCGCGGGGUCCGCGCUCGCCGCCGUCGACGCGCAUCUGGUCGCCCCGACGCCCGGCGCCUGGGCCGACGCCGCGGGCCGCGGCUGCGCGGCGGCGCCGGGCCGGCGCGCCGUCGCCGACGCCGUCGCGCGCGCCGCGGGCGCGCGCGAGGCGCCGCGCGCGGGCGGCGACGGCCCCGGCGCCGCGCCGCGGAAGAAGCGGGACCGCUACGGGCGCAAGCCCGUGCUCGUGCGCCGCGCGCCCGCCGGCGGCCGGCCCGGGUCGGACUGGCAGCGCUUCGCGAGCUGCAAAGACGCGCUCCGCGCGACGCCGGGCCUCACGUCCUACGUGCUCAGUGCCCUGGUCAACAAGCGCGUGUCGCCCGCGACGUCCGGCGCGGACUUCGAGGCGAAAUUCGUCGCCGAGGACGACGACGACGACCCCGGCGACGGCGGCGGCGCGCCGGCGGCGCCGCCGCCCGACGACCUCCGGGAGCGCGCGGUGUCCGCGGCCAACUCCGAGGCGUCCGAGGCCGCGCCCGGCGAGGGCCGCGGCGGCGGCCUCCCCGCGGGCUACGCCGUGCUGUUGCCCGGCGCGCCGGGCCGGCGCGCCGCGCGCGCGGCGCCGGAGCCCGCGGCGCCCGGCGACCUGCUCGCGCUCCCGGGGGGCCGCUGCGCGUACGUCGCGCGCGCGGGCGAGACGCUCGCGACGGACACGGGCUCCGCGCUCGCGGACCUGCUCUGGCUCGCGCAGCUCGAGUGGAGCGACGCGGGGCUCCCGGGCCCGGUGUUGGGCGACGGCGAGGUCCUGCUCCUGCCCCCGGCGGCGCCCUGGCCCCGCGCGGCGCACGCGGGCGGGCCGCCGCGCGCGCUGGGCGUCGCGCCGCCGGACUGGCCGCCGCCGGCGGGGGACGCGCUGGAGGUCUUCCGGGAGGCGUCGGGCCGCCGCUGGGCCUGCGCCGCGCAGCUCCUGCGGUCGUUGGGCGCCGGCGACGUCGACGCGGACGACGGCGCGCGCGCGCUCGACGCGGACCCGAAACGCUUCGCGGCGUUGAACGGCCUCGGCGGCGCCGUGGGGCCCCGCGACGGCUGGCUCCUCGCGCCGCCGCGCCUCGACGGGCCCUGCGCGGCCUGCCGGUGCCUCGGGGAGCUGCGGGCCUUCCCCUGCCGCGCGGACCGCGGCCACCAGGGCAGCAAAAGGGUGCGAAAUUCCCAACUUCAAAGGCUCAUAUCUCGGCCGUUUUCCACUCGCGGCCACGGCGCGCGGCCCUUCGACGCGCCGCCCGCGGAGCUUCUGGGGAGCCGCGUGAAGCGCCGCGUCGUCGCGCCGGACGGCGCCGUCGAGUGGCGGCCCGCGACGGUGGCGGCCCGCGGCGACGCGACGCUCGACCUCGUCGACGUCGCCGGCGGCGGCGUGGUCACCGCGGCCUACCCGGACGCGGCGCUCGCGUUCGUCGACGGCUUCCGCGAGCUCGCGGACGAGGAGCGCGUCGCCGGCCGCGUCAUGGAGGUCGUCGCCGCGGGCCGCGUCGCGCGGGCCCGCGUGGACCGCGUCUACGUCUGCCGCGACGAGGGGCCCCGCCACGACGUCGCGCUCGCGGUGUUGAGGGACGCCGAGGGCGGCGGCGAGCCCGCGAGGGAGCGCGCGGUCACGGUCGCCGAGCUCCUGCGCGCCGUCGGCGGCGGCGACCACGUGCGCUGGCGCGACCGCGCGACGCCGCCGACGUGGCUCGUCGACGACCGCACGGGCCUGUGCGGUGGGGAGGUCGAGGAGGACGACGAGGGCCACUGGUGGUACGACACGCGCGCCGGCGACACGCUCGCGUCCGUCGCCGCGGCGCUCUGCGGCGGCGCGGGCGACGAGCUCCGGGCCGCGAACGAGAUCCGGCUCGGUCCGGCCGCGUUCCUCGAAAGCCAAGACGGCGACGGGGAGCCCGCCUUCCGGGCCCACGUGCUCCUCCUGCUGCCCCGGGCGCCGGGCCGCGACGCCGCGCCGCGGCGGCGGCGGCCCUGCGCGCGGUGCCUGCUCGGCGGGUCCCUCGGCGCGCGGCACUGCCGCGAGGCGCUCCGCCACGACGACCCGGACUUCGACGACCUGCCCGAGGACCCCGUCGGCGCGAGCGUCGUCGUCAAGUGGCUCGACGACGGCGCCGCGGUCUGGUACGACGCCGUCGUCGAGAGCUCCGAGCCCCGCGGCGACGGCCUCGCGCUCUCCGUGCGCUACGUCGACGGCGGCGAGGUCGACGACAUCGACUGGCCGUCCGAGGACGCGGCCGUCGCGCCGCCGGGGAACCGCAAGGCCAAGCGCAAGGCCGGCGCGCUCCCGGAGAGCGGCGCGAAGCGCCAGGCCUAA